GUGUCAAAAAAACGUUAACAUAACCUAAAAAAAAAAAAACAUUUUUCACAAAUUAAAAGAAAUUUGGAACGUAAUAAUUAAGAAUUCUAAAUAAUAUAAGUUAAUUUAACGAAAUAAAUUAACUUUAUGAAUUAGAAAGAGAUCGAACAAGUUGGCCAAAAACCUGUUUUAGAACACGUGAAAUGUUAAAAACCACAUCAUUUUAGAUUUGUUCGAUUAUUAAAUAACAAAAUUGUUUUGAAUAUGGCAAAUAAAGUUGUAGCAGUUGAUUUUAUAAGUUCUGAAAUGUUUAAGUGUCUUUAUUGCAAUACUCGAGUGCAAUAUCCUGUGAUGAAGGUAGAAAAUGUAGGAAUUUUUUGUGGAUCUUGCAUAUCAAAGACUGAGUAUAAAGAUGCGGAAAUUAAUGAGGAUAUGCACUCAAUGCUUUUAGAUGUUAAGUUGUUUUGUAAAUAUGUAACGAAAGGAUGUCCAAAGCAGUGUUAUUUUAAAGAAAUUUCUGAGCACGAAACGAUUUGUGAUUAUAGAGAUAAAAUGUGUCCUUUUUCGAUUUUAAAUUUUGAAUCGUCGGAUUGCUGUGGGGUUUACGAAGAUAUUCUAUCACACAUAAAAGAAAAACACAAAGAUUCCAUUAAAAUAUUUGAUAAUUACCAUUAUAAUUUUAAUUUUAACUACAACUCACAAUUCGAAACCAUAAGAAUUUUAUUAUUUAAUAACGAACAUUAUUUUAUUUUUUAUGUCGCCGUAAAAGGCAACAAAUUAAUGUUUUUCGUCUACUUUAUCGGAAAUUUAAAUGAAACGAACAAUUUUAAAUUUACCAUUCAAAAUAGAGGCUGCAAUUUAUUAACGAAACCUCAAACGAUGUUUUUAUUACACGACUCGAUGUUAAACGAAAAACACAUCAAAAAUGAAUCGAUUAUUUUCGAUUUAGACUUUUUAAAAUCAACGUUGCGAGAUAAUUUCGAAACGAUUGUUACGAUUAACAAAGAGGGGUUUAAAAUUAAUACUAAUUCUCUUUUAGAGUAUAUGGAAUGUCCCGUUUGUAAGGAUUCGAUGAAAUGCGAAAUUUCUCUUUGCAAAACGGGGCAUAGUGUGUGUAUAAAGUGUAGGAAGAAUUUAAAAAGAUGUCCUUUGUGUUUGGGUUCGUUUAGUUCAGCGAGAAAUUACGUCGUUGAGUCAAUAAGUAAUCUUAUAGAUGUCCCAAUUAAUUAUAAGUCGAUUUAUCCCAAACGAAAUGACCAAAACCACAUUUGUAAUUCCUGUAAUUAUUCUUGCCCGUUUAGUAAUUCACAUUUAUGCGAAUGGCAUGGACAAUACAAGGAUAUUAUUGAACACUUAAGAAUCGAACACAUCAAUAUCAUAUUUUAUAACCACCAAAUGACAAGAACCAUUUCUUUCGUUGGCGAAGUACAAGAUGUUGUAUGUUUAAUUACUUUGGGAUAUAUCUUUAAAGUUACAACCAAAAAGGAUAAAGACAAAAAUAAAAUGUUUAUUCGAUUCGAAGUAAUCGGCCAAUCCAGAGCUGAUAAAUACAAUUAUAGAAUAACUACCAAUGCUAGAUAUCAUGCUAAAGUUAUAAACUGUACCGUUCCUAUUUUUUCGAUGAAAAUUAGACCUGAAUAUGUUACCUUCGCUAUUAGUAUUAGGACUUUAGUUGGUAUUGUUAAAAGUGAUCAUGUAGUAAUAACUUAUGGUAUAAGCCAGUAAAUUUAAUUUAAAAUUGACGUUUUUAACCUCAAAUGGUUGACAUUUUCGAU